AUGACAACUGAUCAUCAUGAGGUAUCAAAUGCUAAUAGUAACGUAAGCAUUGCCGGUGAAGAUCCCUUACAUAUCGAAAAUAAAUCAGAUUUAACUGAAACACAAGAUUACAAUGAUUCUUCAUGGAUUAAUGAUGACUGUAAACAUAUAAAUGACAUUAAUAUCCAAGAAAAAUUUAAUAAGAUUUAUCUUCAAACAUCGAAUGAUGUACAAAAUGCAAAUAUCUUGUGGAGUAUUGAUGUAACUGUUUAUCCUCAUAUUGGUUAUUUACCUUAUCUUUUAAUAAUGAACUUAAUGUAUAAAUCAAACAAAAGAUUGACACUCAUUUCUGAUAUGCAGAGUUAUAUUAAUCAAUCAGAUGAAGAGUUUACUGAGCAUGAUUCUAAAAUGAUAUCUUGCUAUAAGAUAUUGAGCAAUUUCAAUAUUGGUACUAUUAUGAAAUUUGAUGAUAUUUAUUAUACAAAAGAUUAUCAAAAAAGUUUUUUGCGUGUAUCACAUUCAAUUAAAAUAGCUGAGACUAUUGAAUGUGUGAGUAAGAAAAUGCCAAUAUCAAUUGAUGUUAACAUGGAAUCUACAUCACAUUUGAUUUUUAUUCUUAUAAUAUUGAAUAAUAUUAUUUAUUUUGAUAUAUCAUAUGUACUUAUUGGAGAACAUGAAGUAUUACUAUAUGAAUUUAUUAAAUCAUUAUUAUUAGAUAAAUAUGGAAGAACAUUGAAUAUUUUAGAAAUACCAAUGUUUCCUAAUUUAACGGAAAAUAAAAAUAAUUUUCAAUCAAUAGAAAUGAAUCAAAUUUUAUUAGAUUCUUCUCUAUGUCAAAUUUAUGAUCAAAUUUUAUGUUUAAAACCUAGACGAAAAGCUAUGAUUUGUAAUUAUUUUAAUAUUGUCAAUAAUUUGUUUUUACAUGAACAAGUAUCAUUUAAAAAUAAUAUGAAUUUAGUUGAUACAAUUGAGAAAAUGAAGAAAAGAGUUUUACACAAUAAUUGUCCUAUAUAUGUGGCUGCAAGUUUUCUUACUGAUCAAUUUUAUGUUUUAAAAAAACAUUGGAAAAAGCAUACGAAUAAAAAAGACUCAAGUACUGGUACAGGAAAAAGUUUAGUUGGUAUAGAAGGCAAUCAAGAAGGAUUUGAAUCUCCAUUAGGAGGAAAAUUUAUAAUUAUAAAUUGGAUCAAUAAAGAAAUUGUUUAUAUGUUAGAUCUUGAUGCACCUGCUGGAUUUUUUAUCGAUUCCACUCAUUUAUAUAUUGCAAAUAAUCGUUUAAAUUAUAUAAGUGUCAUUGAUUUAAACACACGUAUUGAAAUUCGACGUAUCGAUAAUCGAGCUUUUAAUUGUUUACAUAGCAUUCAUUAUAUAAUAGAAAAUCAAACUAUUUUGGUAACUAGUACAGGUAUCGAUGCUAUUAUUCAAGUAAAUUUACAAGGUGAAAUAUUGCACGAUUGGUAUGCUACCGAACAUGAAUAUACAAUGACGCCAAAAGGUGAACAACGAAAUGUACUAAGAGAUUUUGAUCAUCAUCAUUAUACUUACCCUACUCUUCAUCAAACAACCCAUGUUAAUUCUGCGAUCAUUUUGAAUGAAGACUAUGUCUUAGCUACAUUGUUUCAUCAAGGUUCACUCGUUCAAAUCGAUCAACGAAAUGGAAAAUCAAAAAUCUUACUCUCAGGACUUAAUUGUCCACAUGGAAUUAAGCGUUUUAAAUCAGUAAAAAAACAUAAUAUUGAAUGGAUGUUAUGUAAUACAAAACAAAAUGAGAUUCUUUUUCUAAAUGAUAGUUUUAAAAUAACUCAGAAAAUGUUUUUCGAAGAUGUUCAUUGGUUACAAGAUGCAUCACAAAUUCAUAACGAAAAUAUUAUUAUUGCUGAUGCUAACAAUUCAAGAAUUAUUGAAAUAGAUCCAAUUUUGAAUACUGUUAUCAGUGAAUUCAAUUAUUCGACUGAUUGGCGUAUCUAUCAGAUUAGUGAUCUUACCGAUUUUCAAACGAGUUUUAUUCCUAAUUCAACCUGA